UAGAUAAUAGUCGAAUUUCUACAAAGCGUAAUGUAUUGCAUAACACUCCUUUUCGAUGGUGGACCACCGUGUUUGAGUGUCAGACAAUUUAUGAGAGAGUAAAUACAUGGGAGCUUCGAUUUCUUCGCCAUGAUUAUUUGAUAUGUUUUGCACAAGACAUGCGCCUAUUGUAGAAUCGCUAGCAUCGGUAUACAGAACAUAUGGCUUAUUGCGAUCUGGAUAUAUUAGCAAGGGAAUACUGGCUAGCUGAUCUUUAAGUUUCUUAAAAGCUAGUCUACAUUCUGCAUGAAAAUUCAAUUUAACUUUCUUUCUAGUUAAGGCGAUAAGAGGUUCGGCGAUCUUAGAAAAGUCAGGGAUAAAACGGCGGUAAUAACCACACAUUCCUAUAAAGCUCCGAACACCUUUUACAGAUCUAGGUUCAGCCAAAGAAUUUAUCGCCUGUACUUUCUCUGGGUCAGGCUUAAUUCCGUGUUCCGAAAUGAUAAAACCAAGAUAAUUGGUUUCUUUUUGAAGAAAAUUGCAUUUAGAAAGUUUGAGUUUUAAAUUAUGUUCUCUUAGACGAUGAAAUACUUGAUCAAUAUGGGAAAUGUGUUCAUCAUAGGAUGAAGAAAAGAUAAGAAUAUCAUCAAGAUAAGCAAUUGCAAAAGCGUUGAGAUCUUUUAGUACAACUUGCAUCAAAUUUUGAAAAAUUCCUGGGGCAUUGACGAUCCCGAAAGGCAUGGUAUUGAAUUCGAAUAACCCUCUAUGACAAAUAAAAGCAGUUUUUUCACGAUCUUGUUCAUCCAUUAAUAUUUGCCAAUAGCCAGAUUUUAAAUCAAGGGUUGUAAAGUAUUGCUUAUUGUGAAGUUGUGCCAAAAUGUUAUCAAUUCGGCGAAGAGGAUAAGAAUUAUAUUUCGUCAUAUCACUUCCGGUCAUAAAUGAGAGUGUAGCACGUGCCGCAGAUUGUCAUUGUAGCGUUUACACUUGAACGAAGAAGACGUGGUCUUCUAUUUGCCGCACUAAGUCUUUUCUCAGUUGUUCAAGGCUUUAUACUAAGUCAUUUAUUUGUUUUUUGUCUGCCGCAUUGAUUUUCUUUCUUGAAAGAAAUAAAUAUUUUUUCUUUUACGACUAUCGUAAACUUGCACGAGUCGCGGACUCGUUUGUGGCAAGAUGGCGGACGACAAACAGAAAAAGAACUUGAGAAGCUCGUCGGUUGGUAAAGUUGAUUUGGGAUGGGAAGAUUUAAACCCAGCCUUAUUAGAGGAUAGUACCGAUGUUUAUAUGGAAUUUUCUACCCAAAAAUCUAAGGAGAAAUGUGAUAAAACUCCGGUAAUGGCGAGUCAGCUGACGAAGUCAAAAAUCGCCUCGACUUUAGCUUCACCUUUACCGUCAACUUCUGGUUCUAAACUGCACGCUGGUCAGAGAAGCAGUAAAAAAUCUUCAAGAGAUUCAUCGACUCAUUCGACCGGCAAUACUGAAAUAAUAAAAAUUCUGAAAGACAUUCAGGAAAAACAAGGAGAACAAGCCGCCAGACUUGUUACCUUAGAAAAUCAAUCAUAUUAUGAUGAAGAAGAAUAUGAUGAGCAAUAUGAACUUGAAACUGACGAGGAAUCUUAUAUUGAUCCUAGCCAAAACCAUCCUGGCCAUAAACGGAAAUUAGGUUCGUCACCCUCAAAGGAUGAUUAUGGUGGUGAUACCGAGAAUAGGUUUUCAUUAAUGUCAAAACGUUUCAAACCGUCUGACUCUGUCGUUGACAAAAAUGUUGAUGUAGUACUGGCUAAUAAUGUAAAUGAACUUUUCAAAAAUGGUAUGAGUGAGGACCAGUACAAUGCUCUAACUAAGGAUGAAGUUACAGCCCGUCCGAAAAAUUGUGAUGGUUUGGUACUGGUAAAAACAAACCAAUUAGUAUGGGACAUUAUGACACCAGAAUCGAGGAGUUCUGAUCGGAAAAUGCAGGCCAUUGAAAGUUCGGUUAUCAAGUCUGCCAUCAUAUUGAGUAAAGCAGUAGAUUCUCUUGCAGAUCUAGCCGAUACUUCUAACUUGCCGAGUACAGCCAUACCAGAUGUUAUAGAUAAACUGAACGACAGUUUAGCCCUUUUGGGUCACUCAAACCGUCAAAUCAACCUUACUAGAAGGGACUUCAUAAAGGCUGAUCUACGCCCAGAAUUUUCGCACUUGUUGCACAGUCACAGCCUUUCACCACUUUUUUAUUUGGAGAUGAUGUGCCUAAGUUAGCCAAAGAAAUAGCCGACUGCAGUCGCAUUGGCCAGAAAUUACAGAACUAUCCCCAAAGAAGUUCAUUUUCAAGAGGUAGACCCUGGAGAGGUAGAUCUAGAGGGCGAUAUGGAAGAGGCAGAGGUCGUGCCAUGUAUCCACAAGCACAAGCUAAUGUCAAGUACUCUACAAAAAACUACAGGCGGGGCAGUAUGCCCCAGAAUCUGAGAAGCAAAAGUCAAUAGACUCAACUAAUAAGAGAACAAGAAAGCUUACAUUGCAGAUGAGUGUUUAAGAAUUUCAAAGAAAGUUAAAGUUACUAUUCGUGAUUUGGCUCAUGUUAUUGGUCUUAUCAUAUCAAGUUUUUCGGCCGUAGAAUACGGGCCAUUAUUUUAUCGAAUUUUGGAGUCGAGUAAGGUACAGGCUCUAAGGGAAAAGCAAGGUAACUUUGAUAAUUUUGUUCUUAUCACACAUGAUAUGCAGUCUGAACUUGCUUGGUGGUAUACAAAUAUACAUAGUCAGAUACGCCAUAUCUCGCAUGGAAAUCCAAAUAUCACAAUAACAACAGACUCUUCCCUCCAAGGAUGGGGAGCUGUUUUGGAAUCUGUUGCUAAAACAGGGGGACAAUGGACAUGUUCAGAGAAACAGAAUCAUAUCAAUUAUCUAGAAAUGUUGGCUGUUUUAUUUGCCCUAAAAUCGUUUAAAACUCAUUUGCAGCCGUUUAUGCAUGUGAAGAUCUUGUGUGAUAACACAACAGCAGUCAGCUAUAUCAACAAUAUGGGUGGCAUGAAGUCUGCAUCUUGUAACUUGGCAGCUAGGAAAAUAUGGUUUUGGUGUAUAGACCAUAAUUUGUGGAUUUCUGCCUCUCAUAUUGCAGGAAAAUCAAACACUGAUGCUGAUCUCUGCUCAAGGGUUUUCAAUGACCGCACUGAAUGGAAAUUGAAGCCAUCAAUAUUUCAAUCUAUAUGUCAAAAAUUUGGCACUCCAACAAUUGAUCUCUUUGCUUCAAGGCUCAAUAAACAAGUGUCUUGUUUUGCAUCUUGGAGUCCAGACCCAGAAUCUUUAUUCGUGGAUUCAUUUACAGUUGAUUGGAAUCAAUUUGAGUGUGUAUAUAUUUUUCCUCCUUUCAGCCUAUUGGGACGCUGUAUCAAGAAGAUACGAGAGGACAAAGCUACAGGCAUAGUUAUUGCCCCUCUAUGGCCAACCCAAGUUUGGUUUGUCCAUCUAAUGGAACUACUUAUUCAUCCACCUCUACUGAUUCCGAAAAUGAAAGACUUGCUGACAUUGACACACAAACAGAAUCAGAGCCAUCCUCUUCGACGAAAGUUGGUAUUGAUCGCUUGCCAUGUCUCCGGAAAUCAUAUAAAGAACAAGGUCUUUCUGAACAGUCUACAAGAAUUCUCCUGGCUUCCUGGAAAACUGGGACUAAAAAACAAUAUUCCGUGUUCAUUAAGAGAUGGAUACAAUACUGUGGUAAAAAGAAGAUUAGUAUCAUUCAAUCAUCUAUAGCAGAUGUUACAAGUUUUCUCACAGAACUUUUUGAAACUGGGUUAAGUUAUAGCUCCCUAAACACAGCAAGGUCCGCAUUAUCAGCGAUGGGAAUCAUUAUUCAAGGACAUUCUGUUGGAACUCAUCCAGUUAUAUCAAAAUUUAUGAGGGGUGUGUUUAAUUUGAGACCCUCGAAACCGCGACAUAUGGUGACAUGGGAUGUAGGUAAAGUUUUGCUUUACUUGAAGAAGCUUUCGCCAGUGAAGGACUUGAGUUUGAAAGACUUAACUCUGAAACUUACAAUGCUAAUUGCACUGACAAAUGUGUUACGAGUACAUGCUAUUCAUCUUUUAUCUAUAAAGAAUAUGGUUAAAACUAAAUGUGAAUUUUCUUUUGAACUCAGUGGUUUACAAAAACAGAGCAGACCAUGUGCUAGUGUUAAAUGUGUGUCAAUGAAAGUUUACCCUCCAGAUAGGAGGUUGUGUGUAUAUACUGCCAUGAAAGAAUAUUUACAAAGAACAGUAGAUAUUCGUAAAAACGAGUUUUCAUUAUUUUUGAGCUUUAUUAAACCCCAUAAAAAAGUGUCCCGGGACACAGUGUCUAGAUGGAUUAAAACUGUGAUGGAACGUUCUGAUAUAGACACCAAUGUUUAUGGUUCACAUACAGUGAGGUCAGCCGUAUGUUCUAAGGCUCAUAAAAACUCUGUUCCUAUUCAGGAUAUUCUGCAUGCUGGUGGCUGGAGCAAUGCAGGAACUUUUUUCAAAUUUUAUAAGAAGGAUAUAAUAUCUACUGCAAAUUCUAGAUUUGUGGAUACAGUACUCAAAGAAUAAACUAAAAUUGCCAAUCUUAUUGUUUCUUUGUUACUAUAUGUAUGUAAUAUGCCAAAUAUAAAGAUUUCACCAGCUUUGAAGUCUCAUUUAUGACCGGAAGUGAUAUGACGAAAUAUAAUUUGAAAAAUUGACGAGACUUACCUUGGUACAGUUGAAGUCAAUUUUAAAUUAUGUGAGUCAUAGGACUCACUGUAGGGAUUAAAUGCCUCCCGCCCAUCCCUACAAUUUUGCCAGCUUGUGUAAGCUGUGCACAUACAAGUUUAUUUCAUGAUAAAAUGGAAUCCGAAUCUACUAAAAAAAAAAAAAAAAAAAAAUUUGUUCAAUCUUAUAUAUUUUUGUUACUUUAAAGACUGACAAUCUGCGGCACGUGCUACACUCUCAUUUAAUCCCUACAGUGAGUCCUAUGACUCACAUAAUUUAAAAUUGACUUCAACUGUACCAAGGUAAGUCUCGUCAAUUUUUCAAAUUAGGCUUGGUAAUUUGGUUAAGUUUGCGGAAAUCUACGUAAAAGCGCUUACUACCAUCCUUUUUAUCUACGAUAACGAUUGGAAAUGACCACGCCGAUUGUGAGGGAGAUAUAACUCGUGCAGCUAACAUGUCAUCAAUAGCUUUGUCUACAGUCUCAAGUUUGUUUAAAGGUGUGCGGUAAGGUAAGGUCGCAAUUUAAUUGGAGGGUGAGAACCUGUAUCAAUUUUCAUUUGCACAGUAUCAGUCUGCGUCAAGUCUAAAUCAGAUUUAGCAAAUAAAUCCUUAUUCUGGCUCAAAAAAUUUUCUAUGUUUAAUUUGUGUUCCUUGGGGACAUUAAUGUUGUCUAAUACGUUGUCGGUAUCUGGUACGCUUUGCAUAGAAGAAGAAAAUUCAUUAACAGAGUUCACACUAGCUGAUUCCACCUUUUCGAUUUUACCAACUACGCAACCUUUACGGAGAUAAUAAGUUCGAUUAGAGUUAUUUGUAAUUGCUACAGAAAAUUUGUUAUGCAAUUUUGCUAUAUUAAUACUAUUAUUAAUUGAUAAACCUGCUUGGUAACUUAGAUAACCUUGAUCGAUGGAAUUAAUCUCGUACAUUUUAGAGGGAUGUAAAUGUGGGGAAUGUUUUACACGUGCGGCACAUAAAACAGACUGUUGUGGUUUAAUUUUUACCGGAGUAACUAAGCGAAGAAUUGAAGAAAUAUGUGCAUCUUGAACCAAAGGAAUAUAUUCAUUAUUAACACUUAAGCAACCUAAAUCAUAAUACAGACGGACACCUUGACUUGUCAACCAAUCACGACCGAGAAUAAAGUUUCUAUUGAUAUUAGAAACAACAUAAAAUUUGUGUGUCAACAGACUUUGUCCUAACUUAAAGGAGAGACUAAUAGCACCGUGUAUAAUUAAAGAACCCCACUAACGGACUGUAAACCUAUAUCGGCUUUUUCAAUGAUUGGUUUGUUUGAUAAUCGUUGAUAAAUCUUAAAAUUAAUUAAACUACAAUCGGCUCCACUAUCUAUCAAUGACCUAUAACGUUGUUUAUUUACUUUAAUGACACAAGAACUCGGAUUUUGAGAUAAAUUCAAAGUAAAAAUUGGCAUGUUAUUCGAGUUGCUCUUUCCAAUCGCUUCAACAUGGAAAGAGCGUUUUAGUUUAAAUGUCGGUCACGAUCAUACCUAUCGUUUCUACGUCGAGAGAAUGUUGGCUUGGAAAAUCUUU